ACUCCACCACGAUCAGGUGAUGACUCCAUGGAGUGGAAACAGAGUAUACACAUGCCUGAAAAGUCUGGACAAGACUUUCCGUGAGAGCUUACGCCAGAAGAAUGCAGUGGUAACCUUUGACGAAAGAAUUUACUGUGAGGCCAAGUGCAUUCAGUGGGCUACUUCACCAGACCUGGACAAUGUAAUUGUUCAUCUGGGAGGAUUUCAUUGAGCUAAAAACUUUCACAGUGUUAUUGGCAAGCGCAUGACAGAAUCAGGUGUUGAGGAUCUUAGGAUCGAGAGUGACAUAUAUAGUAGCAAUGUCGCAAUGAAGACAAUCAGCGGGACGUACUAUAAUAUUUAUUUAUUUAUUUAUUUAACAUUUCGUUAUACACGGUUAAAAAUCAUCAGGUAAUACUAAUAUUUAAAAUUAAUACUAAUAAACUACUAAUAAAGAGUCCAUGCUAAAUACUAAUUAAUAAUUAGCAAUAAGAGCUCAUAAACUAACCCUUGAAGUAUUGCAGAGAUUACAGUGGAGCACCCUUAUGGAAUGGUUGGAGAAAAACGGAAAAAUGGAUGGGAAAGAAAUAAAUUGCAUCAAAGAGAAGAAACAGAAGUUUCUCAGUCUUUUCCAACAAGGGCACAACUGUGUACUACAGCAACAAAGUGAAAUCCGUCAGGAACCAAUUGAGCUCAGUAACUUGCUGAUUGAGAAGAUUAGUCCACUGUAUUUCCAGCUCAAAGAACAGGGUUGUAAAUGCCUGGCUUUGUUUGCAUUUUGGAAUGAAUACAUGGAAAUGGUGUGGCUAUUGUUGAAUUUCAUCCACGGUGACAGAGAUGCUAAUUGGCUUCUGCAUCUUGAAACAUUCAAUACAAUGGUACCCUAUGACAGAGCAUUUGACCACCUAAACUACUUUAGAUGGGUAACAGUUAACCUAACAGAUAUGAAGAUGCUGGAAGAGGUCGCCCCAACAGUACAUCAAGAGUUCACUGAGAAUAGAGCCCAUGCUGUAUCAACAUCAUCUUCCGAGUCAUUGUUCAAUUCUGUCUCACCAGACAUGGCUUGGAGCAGACAAAUUGACACGAAAUUGGUAAAUCCAUUUGAUAUUGGUCAGUACAAAGGAGAAAAGAUGCCACUGAUCAAUAUCGCCACUGGGACAGUUGCACCAUCUGAAGCUUUGGAAUCUUUACUCAAUGCUAAGGAGCAAGGCAAAAAGGCAGUGGGAGAGUUUGUCCAAGCUAGGCCAAUAUCUGACAAGGAGAAUUUCUGGGAUCCUUUGAAGAAAAUCAACAUCAAAACCUUUCAAAGUCUGAACAAACCUAUUUUGCCAAGUAUGGAAAACCAGGCUCUGAAGACAAUCAACUUUGACAGGCAGGUGUAUGGUAGACAUCUUGUAGUGUCCAAAAGCCGUGACAUUGAUCUAGAAGAAGUGCAGUUGUAUGAACUUGCAUCUGUCCCCCUUGCAUUAGCCAUCAUGGAUGGGUCUCUGAGGAAAUCAACCAAGAGUACUUUGCUGAAGGAACUAGAACUGGACAGUCUUGCCAAGAGCACACUUCCUGCUUAUAGUCUUCAUCAAACAGCGUACAUAGUUGACCUUCUGGCAGAAAUUCAGAUGUUGUCAAAAGGAAAGGUGAAAACAUUCAGAGAGCCAUCUGACACAAUUGCAGGAACUACUAUUGCUAAAUUCCAGUUCACAAGUCAAGUCCAUAUUGUCCCAGACCGAUAUGAUGUAGAAGACUUGAUUAAGUUGGGAGAAAGAUCCAGACGAUCUCUAGGUACUGGAAGAAACAAAAGGUUCAUUCCUGUGCAUGACGCUGUUGAAAAAGUGGGUCCAGACAUGUGCAAUCUUUUACCAGCCAUGCAUGCCUCAACAGAAUGUGAUUCCACGAGUAACCUAAAGAGCAUAGGCAAAAAGGGAGGGUUCACUACACUGAAGAAACAUAAAGGUGACCUUGUUGGACUGAAGAACCUGGGUACAGACUGCACAGUCAAGCGAUGAAACUUUGACUGUUUCUUUCAAAUUUAUCGGUCUUCUAUAUGGAGAAGCUACUUCAAAUUUGAACCGUCUCAGGUACAAGCUUGUUACUAAGAAACACCUGGAGAAAAGCAAACUUCUGCCUACUGAAGAUAGUGCAUUGUAUCAUGUCAAAAGAGCACAAUGAUCGACCCAUCAGGUUCACGAACAAGAAAAGUACAGGUUAAAUGAUUACUAAAUGGGUGCAGUGACUAUCUAGCAGAGUAGACUAUUAUUUUUUCCCGCACUAGACAUAGAUAAUUUUUUAAGUUUGCAGACGCAACUUCCCAAUGCUGCAGUCAACUGAAGUUUUAAUAAUUAGAUUUUUAUUUAUUUUGGAUGUAAAAUCUGCCUAAAUUGUCUCAGUAUAAAUCUACUGGUGUUCUAUCACGAAUAAU